CGACGUGACGCGGGAGCGGCGGCGCCAUCCGGUCGCGGCCGCGGCGCUGCGAGGGGCGCCGGCAUGAGCGCCCCCGCGGCCCCGGGCCCCGCGCUCGGCGUGGACGUGCCGGCGCUGGCGGCGCAGCUGGCGCGCGGCUUCGCGCUGCUGCUGCCCGUGUACGCGCUGGGCUACCUGGGCCUGAGCUUCAGCUGGGUGCUGCUGGGGCUCGGGCUGCUCGCCUGGUGCCGCCGCCGCCGCCGCCGCGGGCUCGGGACCGGCCGCCUGGGCCGCGCCUGGGCGCUGCUGGACGCCGAGGAGCGCGCCGUGCACCCGGCCGUGCGCGCCUGCGACCUGCCCGCCUGGGUUCAUUUUCCAGACACCGAGAGAGCAGAAUGGCUAAAUAAGACCGUAAAGCAUAUGUGGCCGUUUAUCUGCCAGUUCAUAGAGAAGUUGUUUCGAGAGACCAUCGAGCCGGCCGUGCGGGGGGCCAGUGCCCACCUGAACACCUUCAGCUUCACGAGGAUCGACAUGGGGCAGCAGCCCCUCAGGAUCAAUGGUGUUAAGGUGUAUACUGAAAAUGUGGACAAGAGACAAAUUAUUUUGGAUCUUCAGGUUAGUUUUGUAGGAAAUUGUGGGAUUGAUUUGGAGAUCAAGCGGUAUUUUUGUAAAGCUGGUGUACAAAGUAUUCAGGUUCACGGCACCAUGCGGGUGAUUCUGGAGCCUUUGAUCGGAGACAUGCCUCUCGUGGGGGCACUGUCCAUCUUCUUCCUCAGGAAGCCGCUGUUAGAAAUUAACUGGACGGGACUGACUAAUCUCCUUGAUAUCCCUGGACUGAAUGGCCUCUCAGACACUAUCAUUCUGGACAUAAUCUCAAACUACCUGGUGCUUCCCAACCGGAUCACGGUCCCGCUCGUGAGUGAGCUUCAGAUGGCUCAGCUGCGCUUUCCUAUCCCAAAGGGUGUUCUCAGGAUCCAUUUUCUGGAAGCUCAGGAUCUCCAAGGCAAAGAUACUUACCUGAAGGGACUCUUCAAGAGCAAGUCAGACCCCUAUGGCGUUAUCCGGGUCGGCAACCAGAUCUUCCAGAGCAAGGUCAUCAAGGAGAACCUGUGUCCCAAGUGGCACGAGGUGUAUGAGGCUUUAGUCUACGAGCACCCGGGACAGGAGUUAGAGAUCGAGCUCUUCGACGAAGACCCAGACAAAGAUGACUUUCUCGGAAGUCUUAUGAUCGAUCUCAUUGAAGUUGAAAAGGAGCGCCUUUUGGAUGAAUGGUUCACGCUGGACGAAGUUCCCCGGGGAAAGCUGCACUUGAAGCUGGAGUGGCUCACCUUGAAGCCCGACGCGUCCAGCCUUGACCAGGUGCUGGUGGACAUCAGAGCUGACAAAGACCAAGCCAACAACAGUCUUUCCUCCUCGCUGCUGAUUCUGUACUUGGAUUCCGCAAGGAACCUUCCGAGUAACCCAUUAGAAUUUAACCCUGAUGUCUCGAAGAAGGCCGCAGUUCAGAAAGCUUUAAAGUCAGGGAAGAAACUCAUCAGCAACCCGAAUCCUCUCGUCCGGAUGUCAGUCGGGCAGAAGGCUCAGCAGAGCAAGAUUCGGUACAAAACCAGUGAACCGGUGUGGGAGGAAAACUUCACUUUCUUCGUUCACAAUCCCAAGCGCCAGGAUCUUGAAGUUGAGGUCUGGGACGAGCAGCACCAGUGCUCCCUGGGGGGCCUGCGGAUCCCGCUCAGCCAGCUGCUCUCCUGCGCGGACAUGACGCUAGCCCAGAGGUUCCAGCUGCGCGACUCCGGCCCCAACAGCUCUCUGAAGAUGAAGCUCGCGCUCAGGGUCCUGCAGCUCGAGACGCAGGAGAGGGCCCCCGACCACCAGCACUCCGCCCAAGUGAAGCGGCCCAGUGCCUCCAAGGAGGGCAGGAAAGUCUCCGUCCGGUCCCAGACAUCCAGGUCGCCCGGCACGGCCGACCACAGCACCGCCCCGUCCACACCAGUGCCUGGAGGUGCCGAGCGGCCCAACCCGCCGGAGGGAGCCCCGGCCCCCGAGUCCAGCCCGCGGGGGCUGCGGGACCUGGGCCGGAGCGCCUCCAGCCUGCAGGCCAGUGCCACCUGCUCGCCCAGCCGCCUGUCGCUGAAGGAGCCCACGCCCAGCAUCGCCUCCGACAUCUCCCUGCCCAUCGCCACCCAGGAGCUGCGGCAGCGGCUGCGGCAGCUGGAGAAUGGGACCACCCUGGGCCAGUCCCCCCUGGGGCAGAUCCAGCUGACCAUUCGGCACAGCUCCCAGAGGAACAAGCUGGUGGUGGUGGUGCACGCCUGCAGAAACCUCAUCGCCUUCUCGGAAGACGGCUCAGACCCCUACGUCCGCAUGUACCUGCUGCCAGACAAGAGGAGGUCCGGACGGCGGAAAACACACGUGUCCAAGAAAACCCUGAACCCAGUGUUUGACCAGAGCUUUGACUUCAGCGUCUCAUUGCCAGAGGUGCAGAGGAGGACGCUAGACGUGGCCGUGAAGAACAGCGGCGGCUUCCUGUCCAAAGACAAGGGUCUUCUUGGCAAAGUAUUGGUCAGUCUAGCCUCUGAAGAACUUGCCAAAGGCUGGACCCAGUGGUACGACCUCACGGAAGAUGGGACUCGGCCCCAUGUGACGUAGCAGCCCUGGACAGGACAAGCCCAGAACACACCCCUCCCAGAUGCAGCCCUGCUAUUUUUAUACUUAACAUGUUGUGCUAUACAGACCGGAAUUGUUUUAUAGAACAGGGGCCGUUUCAGGAAGAUUCGUUCGGUGACGCCGUUCAGUCUUGUAUGUCUUAUUUCCCCUAGUGUUUCACCAGUUGUUGCUGCAUACAGUAGGGUGGUAGUUAACCCUGUGUUGCGUGAAGUGGUCGGUCGUACCCACGAGGAAACGGACAUUUGUGUAUGCUUCACUGAGGCCUUGUUUGGUGUGUCACUGAGGUACACUCUGCUAUGUAUAUACUCUAUUUUUUAUAAUCUCUAUUCUGGUUUCAAUUCAGAAGAAAAUGAAUUACGAAAUAUUUAUUUUCUUCUAAAAUGUUAAAUUCUAUGAUAAAAUCAUCAGUUUUGUUUUUGCAGGAAAAAAGUUCUUUAUGACCUAUUUUCUGGUGUUUCUUUUUAAAGAAAAGCAGAAAGAUUUAUCAUUUUUGGUAUAUUUCUCCCCAUCAUGAAUGAUGAAAGUAUUUAAAAUAUUAACAUUUACAUAAGAAGAUGUAUUAAGACGUUAGUUAAAGUGCUUUAAGGAAAAUUGUUGUAUACCUGAGUAAUAUAAAAUGUUAAGAAAUUGCAAUGGUUUGUAAAUCAUAGUCAACUUCUCCGAAGUUUCUUACAUAAAAUAUAUGUCUUAAUUUUUAA